GUUCUACAGUCCCACUUUACAGUGAGUUGUAAGAACCCACCGUGCAAAAUGGCUUUCACCCUCGCUAAGUCCGCCGCUAAGGCCGCUGUCUCCCGCCGGACCUCGGUCCGCGUUGAGGCUCGCCGCACGGUGAAGCCCGCUGCCAAGUCGUCCACCCCGGACAGCUACUGGUAUGGCCCUGACCGGCCCCUGUUCCUGGGCGCCUUCACCGGCCAGCCCCCGAGCUACCUGACCGGCGAGUUCCCCGGCGACUACGGCUGGGACACCGCCGGCCUGUCGGCUGAUCCCGAGACCUUCAAGCGCUACCGCGAGCUGGAGCUGAUCCACGCCCGCUGGGCUAUGCUCGGCGCUCUGGGCUGCGUGUUCCCCGAGCUGCUGGGCUCCUACGGCGUGCCCUUCGGCGAGUCCGUGUGGUUCAAGGCCGGUGCUCAGAUCUUCCAGGAGGGCGGCCUGGACUACCUGGGCAACUCCUCGCUGGUGCACGCGCAGUCCAUCCUGGCCAUCCUGGGCUGCCAGGUGCUGCUGAUGGGCGCCGUGGAGGGCUACCGCGUCAACGGCGGCCCCCUGGGCGAGGGCCUGGACAAGCUGUACCCCGGCGGCUCCUUCGACCCCCUCGGCCUGGCUGACGACCCCGACACCUUCGCCGAGCUGAAGGUCAAGGAGAUCAAGAACGGCCGCCUGGCCAUGUUCUCCAUGUUCGGCUUCUUCGUGCAGGCCAUCGUGACCGGCAAGGGCCCCCUCCAGAACCUGUCUGACCACCUGGCCAACCCCGGCGUGAACAACGCCUUCGCGUACGCCACCAAGUUCACCCCCUCCCCGUAAAUGCCUGGAGACGAGCCUGGUGCCGGCCGACUGGGCGGGGUGACAUCUGGCGGAGCGCUGUUGUGCUGCUGGCAGUUUUGAUCGUUUUGUUGCGGCAUGAGUUUUGGGCUGGCUGUCCCG